AUGAAAGAAGCACGACUUAUGAGAAAAUAUAACCAUAGGCAUGUGGUGAAAAUACUUGGUGUCGCUGUGCAUGAACACCCACUCAUGCUCGUUAUGGAAGUGUGUCAAAAUGGUGCACUGGACUCUUAUUUGCGAGAAAAUCGAGGUAAUGUCACAUUGUCGGAAAAGCUUCGAUUCGCUUCGGAAGCGUCUGAUAGUUUGGCGUACUUGGAAAAGAAACUGUGCGAAAUUAAAACUACUGGUUUUGGCAUGUCAGAUAAUACAGUUAUAGUUCACUAUGAUACACUGGAAAAGGUUUGGUUUUAUCUCAAGUUCUAG